AUGGCUUCAUCUCGAUCUGUAUACGCACCGACUGACGGAUACACCUAUCCCCUGAGUCUCACCCUCUAUCCACGGCCACGCGCCGCCUCACCAACUCCCCCAACCCAUGUAACUCCCAAUCAAACACCAUGGCCACCUCACCCCUCACCCCCUCAUCCCCCCAACCCAUCCAAAUCCAAAUCCACAUCCACAUCCACAUCCACCUUCUUCACCUCCCCCACGCACAUCUACACCACCGCCCUCCUCCUCCGCCUCACCCUCCUCCUGUACGGGAUAUACCAAGACACGACCUCCGCCCUGAAAUACACCGACAUCGACUACCUGGUCUUCACCGACGCCUCGCACUACACGCGGCAGGGCCUCUCCCCCUACGCGCGGGACACCUACCGCUACACGCCGCUACUGGCCUGGCUCCUCCUACCCACCAGUCUAACCAUCCCGUCCUCCCCCCUCCUCACGACCCUGCUCUUCUCCUCCGGCAAGAUCCUCUUCCUGCUCAGCGACCUCCUCGCCGGAUGGCUGAUCACCAAGUCCCUCGUGCAGGCGUACGGGAUGGAUGCCCCCCGCGCGAGGAAGUACGCGGCGGGGUGGCUGCUGAAUCCGAUGGUCGCGAAUAUCAGCACGCGGGGGUCGUCGGAGGGGGUGCUUUGCGUGCUUGUGGUGGGGAUGGUGUGGGCAGCUCUGGGACGGAGGGUGUGGCUGGCCGGGGCGGUGUUGGGGGUGAGUGUGCAUUUGAAGAUCUAUCCGUUUGUUUACGGGGUUGCCAUUGUUUGGUGGUUGGGUGGGAGUGGAAGCAGAACCCCCAUCCUGUCCUUCAUAACAAAAGACAGAAUCAUCCUCACCCUCUCUUCCCUCUUCACCUUCGCUGCCUUGAAUGCCCUCAUGUACGCCCUCUACUCCACCCCCUUCCUGCAGCACACCUUCCUCCACCACCUCACUCGCAUCGACCACCGCCACAAUUUCUCGCCGUACAGCACGCUGCUGUAUCUCUCUGCUGCCGGUGACUCCUCAGCCUCAAGCUCAUCGUCGUCGUCGUUCGCGUUCGAGUCGCUGGCCUUCAUCCCGCAGUUGCUUCUCUCGGUUGUUGUGUUGCCGCUGGCGCUGGCAAAGAAGUCUCUUCCCGGGGCCAUGUUGGCGCAGACGUUUGCGUUUGUCGCAUUUAAUAAGGUGGUUACUAGUCAGUACUUCCUCUGGUACCUCAUCUUCCUCCCCUUCUACCUCCCCCUCCCGACCUGCUCUCUGCGCCAGAAACCCAAAACGACAGGUGCUGCGGUUGCAGUCCUGUGGGUGCUUGGUCAGGCCCUCUGGCUGCAUCAAGCCUACAAUCUCGAAUUCCUGGGUCUGUCGACGUUCGUCCCGGGGCUGUUCCUCUCUUCGCUGGGGUUCUUUGCCGUGAAUGUAUGGAUUUUGGGGGUCGUGGUGGGGGAUCUUGUUGCUCUUCCUUCUUCUUCUUCGUCUUGGUAG